CUCUUCCUCUGAUUCCAGACCAUUUUUGAAGAAACGCUGGUUGCCAGGGCCGAUUUUACUGAUGGAAAUGUUCGGCAGCGAAAUCGACCUCAUUCAGGGUCCCUCGGACCCUUUCGCGUACGACGCGUUCCAGUGUCAAUUUCCUGGCUGCAAUGCAAGGUACCGGCGCAAGGAGCAUCUAAAGCGCCAUGAAGCAUCAAAACACACCCAGCAGCAGGUCUUUCCCUGUUCCAUCUGUGGUCGCCAAUUUACACGAAGUGAUACACUUCAACGCCAUGUUCGAAAACAGCAUAAAAUAACAGAGCCUCUAAAUCGCGCGCGCCGAGCUUGUGUGAGUUGCCAUGCAGGCAAGAGCCGGUGCGAAGGGGGUGUACCAUGUGAAGAGUGUGUUCGUCGCAACAUUCAAUGUUCUUUUCAAGACCAUGCCAGUGUUGCAGAAGAGCCAUAUCCCAGUUCCUUGGCCCCACCUUCAUCAUCUCUAAACCAUGCAAAGUCACAACUGUAUUAUUGGGAGAAGAGGAAGCAGUACGUUCAUCAUUAUUUUGAGGUAUUCCACCCCUGCUGGCCAUUCAUCCAUAAAGGAUCGUUCAAUGUACGCCAGGAAACCCCACUACUGCUACACUCAAUAGUAGCUAUAGGCAUGUGGACCAUGGGAGAACGGUCUGCGCAGUCUGCGGCAAUGGAGCUUCAUGGUAAACUUGAUUUUGCUAUUCGGGAUCAAAGGGAGAAAUGGGAUGCCUCAGAAGUAGAGGGGCCUGGCAGCACUUGCUUCUGGCCAAUAGCGACGUACCAGGCUAUCCUUCUACACGUGAUCUUCUCUAUUCUCACGAAAAGUGAAAGUAUUGUCAACCUUGACCUGAAGGUGUCUAUUUCCGCUGCGCAUUUACUAUUACUCAAAUCACUUGUUGGAAGCUGUCGAAGACUGGGCAUGUUCUUCUAUCCGAACAUGCUCGCCAGGUAUAAGGAAGCAGACCUGCCCUCAUUUGUCUGGGUGGGUGUCGAAGAAAUCAAGCGAUUCAACAUAACACUGUAUAAGCUUUGUGUGAAAUUGAGCAACGCAAGUCUAGAAGGCAGGCCCUUACUACCUGCCAGUGAACUUCAGUUCCCUCUGCCAAGCAAUGAUCCCUUGUGGAAUUCCGUUGGAAGAGACGAAUGGGAAGCUAAUAUAAAGGAAGAGAAUUCAGUUUCCUUGAGUGACAACAUUCAGGCAAAAUGGAUUUCCAAGUUUGCAGAUGUAUUAGAAUUCCUUGGCUUAUAACUCAUUGAUAUUGGAUGAUUACUGGUG